UACAACACCCUUCUAGCAACGCCUCUGUAAAAGUCAAAGGAACCUGCACACGAAGUUCGUCCUUUUCAAGUGACUGGCAGCACUAACGUUUUGCUAAAUAACACAUUUUUAACAACAAAUUACUUACAAACUAUAAGACUUCAGAGGGUACAGUUUUCCGUUUUAGGAUGAGGAUGCACUAUUCUAGCCGCCCCGCCCCCUUUACAUUUGUUUUCCUCAAAGCGUACGUCAUUAUACUACGUAUUCCCCCAAAAAAUUACAAAUAUAUCUCGUAUUUUUAUAACACAACAGUUUGACAGUUUUCGCAAACAAGUCAAAAAAAAAAAAAAGUGGACAAGUGAGAAACACAAGUUACUCUCUGAGUAUGACUCUCAUUUGCCGAGUAUCGGCAAAGGAAACUUUUUCAGGCUGUUUUGUCAUCAAAUAAACAUACCUAGUGUAUUCACUUUGCUGUAAUAUCUCAGGUAAAUUAAAGAGUCCUUGGGUGCGCAAGGACUUUGUUUGAAUCUUUCGUAUAUGCUAAACACAAACAAGCGUGGAAAUUUAACUUUAGUCUAUCAUUUAUAUAUGCACUCUUAAAAGGCAUAAAUGUGUGGACAGGAGAAGACGGUAAUCUGCAACCCUGAUUGUCAAAUAAAACAUUUGUGAGAGAAGACAAACAAAAUUUUGCAUUUUGCUGUCAUUGUAAUAAAUAAACUUAACAAAUUUUUGUUAAAUGGACACUUUGAACUUAUGUUGGAACAAAAGCGAUAAAACUAUCAAGUGUACAGCAUAUUUAUAAUUUCCUAAAGAAUCAGAAGCAAACAUAAUAGUGUUCGUUGUAUUUAAGAUAAUAGCACUGUGACGCAGCGCUUAGGUGGCAGGUAGUGUUGGUUGUGGUAGUGGAAGAUUAUGUUAUGGCAUCUAUGUCCUGCUCAUCGUCAGAUGAGAGCUUUAAUGCACCAAAUCUGAAAUUUAACGUGUCUAGUUCAAGCGAAGAUGUUUGUAGAGAUCUGGUUGGUCAUGCACAUUCAGAGGAAACAUUCUGUCUGAGAUAUAUUUGCCCACAGUGUAAGAGAGCCCAGCCUCAGGAGAAUUUCCACUGUUGCUCGUGUGUGCGUAAUGGAAACGUUGUGCACAGCAGUGUUGCUGGUUGUACGCAGAAGGAAAACCUGUUCGAGAAACAGCAAAAAUAUAUUAAAAUAAAAGGAGGUAUCAAAGAUUUAAGCAAUCGCUAUGAACAGUUUAUGCGUAAACAGCGGUCAAGUGAAAACCUACAAUGCGAAAUUAAACGAAAAAAACAGAGGAUUCAGCUGCUUAAUAGAUUAAUCGCGGAGAAGCAAACAUUAUUAGCAAAUCUAAAAGAUCAAAGAGAUCAGCUAUGUAAGGCAAAUAAUGACAAACACAAGCAAUUGCCAAAUUAUCCAAUCAAGGUGAAGGCUUUGGAAGAUUACGUUUUUGAUCGAUUCGAAAAAAUUAAUAAACUACGCGAGCGGCAUGAUGCAAUGAUGGAGAAAGUACAGCAGGUAACACGCCAUGAUAUAAACCAGCUGGUUAAGUACAUAUUCCCCAUUUCGGAAGUUGUGCUAAGAGACGAGAAGCGCCUCAAAACCAUUAUUGGUGACGUACGCGGAGCAGUGCAAUGUGGACCAAGUAGCGAUGCUGGAAGUACCGAAGCCGAUACCAUAGAACAGUUGGCAGACGCUAAAAACACUUCUUAUAUACGUGGUAAAUGGGUGUUUCACGGUAGUGGCAUAAGUGAGAUGCAAUAUCGUAUAAUAGCUCCUACAUUGCCGGCCAAUGGCGAUUAUACAGCCUAUUUAGAUUGGCUAUCCGACAACAAAGAUGAUGUACCCAAGAAUGAAGGUAAUCAGGUAGCGCCAAGCCGUAUUAGUGCUUUCCGCAUUAUUGGCGCGUUAACGUAUACCACACAACUGACAGAGCUCCUAAGCUACUACCUGAACGUGCGUUUGCCGCAUAAAAUGGCAUAUGGUGACUUUUGCCGAAUACUCAACGAAGAGCAUUUUUUGCGCAAAGUAUCGCGUUUAAACUCAAACAUUAUGUACCUCGCCUACACACAGCAGGUACAGUUGCGGAACCAUAAUGAAAAUCAUACACUGGAAAACAUAUUGGCCAUUUUAGACGUAGAGAAGAGCAAUUUAGGUCGUCAUGGUUUCCACGAGUUAUCAAAUGCACCAUUAAUGAAAUCGGUUGACUCUUUGCUUAAGGGUAUUGAAACGGCUACUGAAUCAGAGUCGGAAGAUGACAAUUCCUUACGCUUGGAUUGGGAAGCGGUGCCAAAUUUCCCAGAGGAGCCUGAGAUUAACGAAUCGGAUUUAGUUGCGAACGUAGCUGCACAACAAUCAAGUUUAACGGGUGGUCUAAUCACUACAGCAGCAAAUCGAAUAAGCGCUAUACUUCGAUGGCGAAGAUAGGGCUAAUAUGGUUUUUAGUGUUCGUUUCGUUUUUUUUUAUGCUCGUAGAUAUUGGGUAUACCUACAUGUAUCCAUAUAUAUAUAUUUUUGUCUUUGCAUACAAGUACCUACACUCCUACGACACAUACAUAUAUACAAUUAAAGUAAAAUAUAAUUGAAGAACAUUUAUGUAGCAAAAGAA